UACUUGUCACUAACGACACGUCACGAAAACGAAAGUUGAAUUGUCAGUGGUCACCAAUAGUUGUCAAAGCCGAUUUAUGAUGAUAAUUGUAAUUUUAGUUUCAGUGUAAUUGUUACAUGAGAAUCUUUUGAAAUUUGAUUAUGUUAUUGCUACAUUCAACUACAUAUGGUGUGAUAGAGAUAUUUAUAACGUAAAUAUAUAUAUAUUUUUUGGAACAUUUUUGACAAAACUGCAUAUUAUGAGUGAUAACAGGGAAACACUGAGCUCGUUUGUGGACAAGCAAGAUCGCUCAUCUGAAUAUGAUAAAAUUUUGGGGAGAAAAGUCCUAGUUGCUCCUACAGAACAACAAUAUGAGUUGCUGUUGAAGAAUUUGAGGCAACAGUUGGGAGAAGGAAGAGGAGAAGUUAUCUUAGAGAUUGGUCGAUCAGAUGAUGGUACAGAAAAUGGAUUGUUGGAUGACGAAUUAGAUGCAGCAGUUGCCACCCUCCAAUCACUAGCGAAUACAUUAGAAUGCAGUUGCGUGAAACUCAGAGAGAGAAAAGAAGCUCGUGGUGUCGUUGUACAAUAUUUAAUUAGGAGAGUGCUCGACCAAACUGAUUUUCUGGAAAUUCGUGUGGCUGUCGUUGGCAAUGUUGAUGCCGGCAAGUCUACUCUAUUGGGAGUUCUCACACAUGGAGAAUUGGAUAAUGGUAGAGGUCAUGCAAGGCAGAGACUAUUUAGACACAAACAUGAGAUGGAAUCUGGUCGAACAAGCUCUGUUGGAAAUGAUAUAUUGGGCUUUGAUGAAAAAGGUAAUAUUGUGAAUAAACCUGAACACGGAUCUUUGGAUUGGGUGAAAAUCUGCGAAAAAAGUUCUAAAGUCAUAACUUUCAUUGAUCUCGCCGGACAUGAGAAGUAUUUAAAAACUACUGUGUUUGGGAUGACUGGACAUGCACCAGAUUUUGGAAUGUUGAUGGUUGGUGCUAAUGCGGGGAUAAUAGGCAUGACAAAAGAACAUUUGGGACUUGCUUUGGCUCUAUCGGUGCCAGUUUUUGUGGUAGUUACAAAAAUCGACAUGUGCCCAGCUAAUAUUCUCCAAGACAAUCUCAAGAUGUUGGUGAGAAUAUUGAAAUCUCCUGGUUGUCGAAAGGUACCAGUUAUGGUAAAAACAUCCGACGAUGUGGUAUUGAGCGCUACAAAUUUUGUGAGCGAAAGAUUGUGUCCUAUUUUCCAAGUAUCCAAUGUUACCGGAGAAAAUUUGCUUUUGUUGAAAACUUUUCUGAAUUUACUUACUACCAGGAUGGAAUACCAUGAAAACGAACCUGCCGAGUUUCAAAUCGACGAUACAUAUUCUGUACCAGGAGUUGGUACAGUCGUUUCGGGUACAACACUGAAAGGAGUGAUAAAGUUGAAUGAUAUAUUGAUGUUGGGUCCCGAUCCACUAGGACGAUUCCAGCAAAUAGCAGUUAAAAGCAUCCACAGGAAGCGAAUGGCUGUCAAAGAAGUCAGAGCGGGACAAACUGCCAGUUUUGCUCUUAAAAAGAUAAAACGAUCUCAAAUUCGAAAAGGCAUGGUUAUGGUAUCUCCAGCUUUAAAUCCACAAGCUUGUUGGGAAUUCGAAGGAGAAAUAUUAGUUUUACAUCAUCCUACUACCAUCAGUUCUCGUUAUCAAGCCAUGGUACAUUGUGGAAGUAUAAGACAGACUGCAAGCAUUGUUAGUAUGUCUAAAGAUUGCCUUCGAACAGGUGACAAGGCUUUGAUUCACUUUAGAUUCAUCAAACAUCCGGAAUAUGUCACACCUGGUCAAAGAAUGGUUUUUAGGGAGGGACGUACCAAAGCAGUUGGUAACGUAAUAAGGAUUUUAUCUCAUUCUACACCUACCCAUCAAGGAAAUAGAUUGAAACAAAGUAAACAGCAACGUUAUGGAAGUGGCCAUCAAAAUAAACAUGAAAAAAAUCAUGGCAAGAAUGAAAACAUUCAAGAGGGCGUUGAUCAAGAUAUGAUGGAAAAUGAGACGGAAGAAACGGUCGAUAAACGAGAUAAUACAUCGCAAAAAACUGGAAUGAAGAAAGGACGAAGUCGACGCGGUGGUCGGGGGAAAUCGAAUAAUAAUAAUAAUCCGACCAUGGGUUUAGUGAAACACCUUCCAGAUGUUACAAACAUCACCCCUUUAUCAGCUGCAAAUAGAAACACCGCAGCUAAAGUGCAAUAGAUAUAACAUUUCAGCUCCCUCAAUGUCCGUUUUUCGAUAUAAAUACGUUUAAAUUCUUAUUUUUUUUCUAUGUUUAAAAACAUUUUUGGUUUUUACCACCUGACAUGAUCGAUUCUAGUUUUGGAAGAAAAUAUUUUAUUUUUUAAUUGAUAAUCGAAUUUAAUUUUCUUUCUCCAGUGAUACAUCGAUGAAUUAAAGAACACAAAUGAAAAUUUCUGCCGUUAUUUUUUGUGCUGAAGUUGUUUUUUAUAAUAAAACCUCAAAAUAUUUUCAUAA